AUGGCGUCCUCUUCCAUUCAAGCAUCAGAAGUGGAAAAGAAAAGUACAACUGAUCAUCCAGAUUGGCUAGAACUUCCAAGAGAUGUAACAGCAAACAUCCUCAAGAGACUUGAUACCGUUGAAAUAGUAACAAGUGCAUGUCUAGUGUGUCCUUUAUGGUGGAAUAUCUGCAAUGACUCUGAGUUUUGGGGCUCCAUUCGCAUGACCAAGCUUCGCUAUUCAAGCUACGACUAUGAGGAUAAUUUGAUUCAGAUUUGUCUGUAUGCAAUUGACCUAAGUUGUGGUCAGCUAGAAGAAAUCAAUAUAGACUAUUUUGCUACUGAUGAUAUCCUUGCACUAAUAUCUAAUAGAUACAUGCGGCUUAUAGAUUGUGGAGCACUGUCCGAUAUCGCAUUUUGUGAAUCUGUAAUGAGACUUCAACAUUUGGAGGAGCUUGAAAUUUCAUUUAACAACGGUUUAUCUAAGUACGAUUCUCUUGAACUUGUUGGUCGAGGUUGCCGUCUUUUGAAAUCGCUUAAAUAUACUGGGGUUGUUGUCGAUAACAAGGGCAAUGAUGUAUUGUUUUCUAUUGCCAAAUCAAUGCCUGGGUUACAUCGUCUUAAAAUUUCUGGAGAUAUGCCCACUGAUGAUGGUGUUGUUUCCGUUCUUGAUGGAUGUACACUUCUUGAAUCUUUUGACCUUAGAGGUUGUUGUACCAUUCAUUUCAGUGAAAGUUUAGAGAAAAGGUGUCGCCAUCAAAUUAAGGAUUUUGGACCUCCAUUGCAAUUAUCUUGUGCUUCUAAUUGGGAUUUUGGUAUCUCAAGUUAUGUGGACUCUUAUUUUAAUAUGGAUUAA